AUGGAUGUACCAAUCAUUGAUUUAUCGACGCCAGAAACUCUUGAGAGAGAUUUCUAUGCUUGGUUAAAUGUAAGUUUCGUAAUUUCCCCAAUUGAAAAAUUGAACACAUUUACACAAAAUCCAACAUUUCACAGAGUGAUCCACCACCGCAGCAGUAUUUUCAAACGGAAAUCAAUGAAUUCAGUCAUCAAUAUCCACAAUAUUAUCCAUAUACGGAAUCAUCUGAUAGCGGUUCACCAUCAUCAUUAUCUUGUUCUUCUGUGGAUUAUGAUGUUCCGCCACCUCCACAAUAUGAAAAAGAUGUUGCAAGAAGUUCAGGUGAGAUAAAUUGAAAGAGACUUAUCAAAAAUAUGGAAUCAAAAAAAUUAGUUACUAAAAUUCUAAAAAUUCAAAUUGAAAAAAAAUUACAGUUACAGACGAAAAUAAUUCUAAAAAAAACUUCUCUUUUUUAGAGAAUUGUUUCAUAACAUCUGAAACACCGAUAAUUCACAAAAGCAAAUAAAUUGUAUUCAUUCUUAAAAUACUCCACUCACUUCUAUCCUCUUCUGUUCAUACAAAUAAUUCUGAUAUUUUCACAAAUUGUUAUUUCAGUUUUUCCAGGUCGAAAUCAACUUGGUCGAACUUAUAGUCCUGGCCUGCCCUUAUCAAUGUGUGAACGUGAAGAAAUUGUCAAAUUGUUUCAGGUUAGUCUAAUUUUCCCUUUUCGCAGAAUUUCUCAAUUUUUGCAGGGUGGUUGGAAGAUAUGUGACAUUUCAAAACGUUUAUGCGUAACACACAGUUGUGUCAGCAAAAUUCUAAAUAGAUAUCGACAAACUGGAUCAGUCAAACCAAAAGAUGCAAAAGAAGGACGAACUGAAUCACCGCUAGUUUUAGCAGUCAGAGACUAUCGGUACCCUCGAAUACGAGAAUUAUUUUCACAUUUUAUCAUACUUUUUAUUAUAUUCUUCUGGGAAAAAAGAAAGCAUGUUGUAAUUUUUCAGAAGUCGACUUGGAAUGUGUCGUCAAUCGGAAAUUCGUGAGCAACUAAUUCGAGAUGGUAUUUGUACACGUGAAAAUGCUCCUUCAAGAAGUAGUAUAAAUCAGUGAGUUAAUUUUACAGAAAAACAUCAAAAGUAUGAAAAAUGCAUAUUUUUACAGUAUUCUCCGAACUAAACUCGAUAUAAAACGUCGGAAAAAAGUGGCUUCAGAAGAAUGA